GGAAAGAUAAUUUGUUUUCAUACAACCAUUUGGUAAACAUCAACAUAGGUCUACUGAGCAGACCUCUUAUAUUUCUUUAUCCAGUUGACUUUAUUUUUUAAAUAGACAUUUGACACAGAUUGGAGUAUUGAGAGAACAACAUGUUUACUGAGCAGGAAACUCAACUUAUUUUCUUCUGUAAUGGACGAAAGAUUACCGACAACAACGUUGAUCCUAGUAUGACCUUACUCAGUUAUCUACGACUGAAAUUGAGGUUGACAGGUUCCAAACUUGGCUGUGGUGAAGGAGGAUGUGGAGCCUGCACAGUCAUGGUAUCAAGUUAUGACAAAAUGACGAAAAAAAUAAAUCACAUCUCAGUAAACGCGUGCUUGACCCCAAUAUGCCACAUUCACAUGAUGGCGGUGACAACAGUAGAGGGCAUUGGAAGCUUGAAGGCGGGACUACAUCCCGUUCAGGAAAGGAUUGCAAAAUCGCACGGGUCUCAAUGCGGCUUCUGUACCCCUGGUAUUGUGAUGUCCAUGUACACCCUUCUGAGAAACAACCAUCAGCCAACAAUGUCAGACAUUGAGGAUGCUUUUCAAGGCAAUCUCUGUCGAUGUACUGGAUAUCGGCCGAUCUUAGAAGGAUUUCGAACAUUUACGAAGAAGUUUGAAACUGAUGCAAGAAUUGUGAAUAAUAUGUGCAGUAGUGGAACAAGAUGCUGUAGAUUUGAGAACGGAAUCAAUGGGACGUCUGACUUUGAAACUGAUACAGAAAAUUUGAAGAAUGUGUGCAAUAGUGGAACAAAAUGCUGCAGGUUUGAGAACAGUAUCAAUGGGAUAUCCACAACGCUUUUCCAGCCUUCGGACUUCACCGAAUACGAUCCGACUACGGAAAUAAUUUUUCCUCCUGAGCUUAUUUUGAUGCUUGAAAAUGAAAAACCGAAGAUUCUAAGAUUUACUGGCGAUGAUGUGACUUGGUUGAGACCUGUCAAUCUCUGCCAACUUGUUGAUAUUAGAAGGCAGUUUCCGAAUUCAAAACUGGUUUUAGGAAAUACAGAAGUUGGAGUCGACGUGAAGCUGAAGAAAAUGAGCUACCCCAUAUUAGUUUCACUUUCCCACAUUACUGAGUUGAAUAUUAUUGAAUCAUGCGAUGGUGGUGUCAAAAUAGGAGCAACAGUGACCCUGUCAAGAAUUGAGGAAUUUUUGAUUAAUGUCAUGAAGAAGCUUCCGGAUUACAAAUGUAAAUCGUUUUCCGCGCUUAUUGAUAUGCUUCAUUGGUUUGGUGGUCAGCAAAUACGGAAUGUCGCCUCUAUUGGUGGAAAUAUAAUUACCGGAAGUCCUAUAUCUGAUUUGAAUCCGAUAUUUAUGGCGGCUGGAUGCACUCUUGAGGUUGUCGACACAGAAGGAGUUCGACGAAUAAUGCCAAUUGCAAAUAACUUCUUCACUGGUUAUCGGAAAAAUGCAAUGAAGCUCAGUGAGACUCUUAUAUCAAUCACUGUUCCAUACACAAAUAAGUCUGAGCAUUUCAAAGCAUAUAAGCAAGCCCAUCGCCGGGAUGACGACAUAGCUAUAGUGAAUGCUGCUUUCAGGGUGGACUUACAAGAUGACGUCAUCAAGAGCUGUUCAAUGGCAUUUGGUGGAAUGGCGCCCACAACAAAAUUGGCAAAGAAGACGAUGAACAAGAUUAUUGGAAGAAUUUGGGACCAAUCUCUACUAGAGCAUGUCACCGUACUCCUUACCGAUGAGAUGUCCCUUUCACCCGAUGCGCCCGGAGGGAUGGUGGAGUACAGACAGUCACUCGUACUCAGUUUCUUUUUCAAGUUUUACCUGACUGUGAGACAACACUGCACGCAUCACGAGAAUAAAUUAUUUAAUGUACAUCCAGCCGACAUGUCAGCAACACUCCCCUUUAAACGAGCCGAUGUACGCAGCAGUCAGAUGUUUCAGGAGAUUAGUGAUGAUUCAUCCUCUGUUGAUCCUGUUGGUUGUCCAAUUGUUCAUUCAUCGGCCUACCAGCAGGCUACUGGAGAGGCUGUUUACGUCGACGAUAUGGUUCCAUUUCAAAAUGAACUUUACAUGGCCAUUGUAUACAGUCAGAAAGCACAUGCAGUAAUAAAAUGUGUUGAUGCUACUGCAGCGUUGAGCAUGCCUGGUGUACAUGCAUUUGUUGACCACAAUGACGUCACAGGAACUAACUUUAUUGGUGAAUUAGUGCCAGAUGACGAAGUGUUCGCUACAGAUAUGGUCACUUGUGUCGGUCAAUACAUCGGAGGAAUCGUAGCAGACAGUAAGGAGAUAGCGCAACGAGCAGCCAGAAUGGUUCGUGUGGAAUAUCAAGAAUUGGAACCAAUCAUAUCCAUUGAAGAUGCCAUUGCAAAAGAAAGUUACUUUCAGCCAAUCAAAAAUCUGGAAAAUGGCAACAUGACGGAUGGUUUUAAUAAAUCAGACCAGAUAAUUGAAGGCGAAAUGAAAGUUGGUGAACAGGAGCACUUUUACUUGGAAACACAAUGUGGAUUAGCCGUACCAAAAGGAGGAGAUGAUGCCAUGGAAAUGUUUUUUGCAUGUCAGGAUCUAAAACUUCUUCAGGCUACAGUUGCUGCUGUCCUAGGCAUGCAGUUUCACAAAAUCACCGUACGAGCAAAGAGACUUGGAGGCGGGUUUGGCGGAAAAGAAACCCGAACCUGCAGCCUUGCUGCUGCUUUGGCCGUUGCAGCUAGAAGAGUUGGAAGACCAGUGCGAAUUAUGCUUGACCGCGAUGAGGACAUGUCGAGUACAGGAACCAGACAUGCUUUUCUGGGACGUUACAAGGUUGGCUUUACUAAUGAUGGCAAGAUACAGGCAUUGAAGCUUGAUAUGUACAGCAAUUGUGGGAACUCUACGGAUAAGUCAACAAAAGUGAUGGAACAUGCGAUGUUCCAUCUGCAAAAUGUUUACUACAUCCCUAAUGUGGAAGUACGAGGACAUUGUUGCAAAACCAACAUCCCUUCAAAUACAGCUUUUAGAGGUUUUGGAAAACCUCAGUCGCAGCUGAUUGCGGAGAACUGGAUCUCGGACAUUGCGUUGGCUUGUGGAAUUUCUCAGAAAAAGGUGCGAGAAAUUAACAUGCUUCAGGAUGGAGAGUCGACAUACUUCAAACAGAAAGUUCAACAACUGGACAAUGCAAAGAGGUGCUGGGACGAAUGCCUGAAUAAAAGUGGUUAUGAAAUGAGACAAUUAAAAGUAGAGCUAUUCAACAGAUCAAAUAGAUGGAAAAAGCGAGGAUUAUCAAUAAUUCCACUUUUAUAUGGAGUCGGCUUCCCUGAUACAACAGCGAAUCAGGGAGGGGCGUUAGUGAUGAUCUAUACAGAUGGCAGCGUCCUAUUAGCACAUGGUGGUAUUGAGAUGGGUCAAGGAUUAUACACUAAAAUGAUCCAAGUUGCAAGUCGAACGCUUGGGAUUUCAACAAAGAAAAUUUUUACCAACGAAACUUCAACAAAUACAGUCCCAAAUGCUUCACCAACGGCAGCGAGCAUUAGCUCGGAUCUAAAUGGAAUGGCAGUUCAGAUUGCGUGUGAGAAGUUAUACCAGAGACUUGCGCCUUACAGAAAAAGAGAGCCAAACAAAACAUGGGAUGACUGGGUUAAAGCAGCUUAUUGUGAUCGAGUUAGUUUGUCUGCCACUGGGUUCUACAAGUCACCCAGCACUGCAUUUGACUGGAAAACCAAAUCAGGCAAUCCAUAUUAUUACUUCUCGUUUGGAGCAGCCGUGUCUGAGGUUGAGAUUGAUUGUCUGACUGGUGAUCACAUGGUUCUGCGGACUGACAUUGUCAUGGAUGUUGGAGACAGUAUCAAUCCUGCCAUUGAUAUUGGACAGGUAAAUGGUUUUCCAACUUUUCAAAAAACAAUAACUAAUAUGAUUACAUCAUGGUUAACCCAACAGGAUAUAAAACCGCAUGUCCCAAAAUCACACAAAUUUACCUUAUCGGAACGGCCCUUUGACCCACAGUUGGGUAGUGAAUUGGGCAGUAUACUGGAAGACGAUAAUCUGCUAUUUACGAUAAGUGUACUACGAUCUCGGACGUGAAGAUAACCCAAAUUUUACAUAGCAAAACAACUUUAAGCCCUCUCCUGCUGGAAUACAAGAAGAACAGUGACAGAAUUCAAACAAAAACAGAAAUCAAAGUUUAGAAGGCUGAACUAUGCUGUCCUCCGAAUUAAAAAGAAUUUUACCAACUUAAUUCGGACCGAGUAAAUCUAUGGCAUUUGUCAUAAUUUUCUUAAUAUUCUGUUAUACUAUUCUGUAUUUUAUAUAGCGCCUUUCUUUGCAGAUACAAAGCGCUAGUACCCCACAAUACACCUAGAAACCCACAGCAAGGGAAGCUGUAAAGAAAACCUUAAAA